UGCUUUCACUUUCAAAAAGCACUGGCAAGUCAAGAGAGUGCAGACAAUUCUUGGCUUUCAUCUUCACUACAUUAACUCCUUGGGAUUUUUUCUUCCAAAUAACCAAUGCACCGCUGCAGCAGGACAAGACAUGGAGGAAGAGGCAGUCCGGAUUAUCCAUGAUAGAAAUCAGUUUGUCUGCAGUCCUCCUCUCCACCAUGGCCUCAAAUAUUUCCUGCCUGCAGCCAAUUACAGAACCAGCCCUCCUGAUCAGUUUAUUUAAUCUGGUCUUGUCUCUGGCUUUGAUCCUGCUCCCCCAGCAAACCACAGCGAAGAAAAUGACACUGGCAACAACAGGAAAUCUUGCUAAGUUUCACAGAGUAUACCCACCAAGGAAGUAGUAAGACCUAACAAACAGCAUGGAUAAUCAGUCAGGUCAAUUUUAAUAAAUAAUACAUCCUGUGAGGAUGUCAGGUUGUUCAGACUAUCACAUCAUUACAUCAACAAAACUAAUGGAACUUCGGCAGAAAUCAAAUAAUCAGGGGAUUUUAGCCAAAGAUAUAACCAAAGAUUUGAAUAACCCAAAGUGUCACCAUACCAGAGAUACUUGUUGAAAAACCACAACACUAAGCAAGACAUAUGUCCUGCUUUCAACACAACAAAGGUGUUAAAACAAAAUAAAUACUGUGUAACAGUGAUUCCAAUAUAAUCCCAUCAAAUGAGCUGAAAACCCUGGUAAUGUUAAUGAGAAGAAAAUAAUGAAAUAUGUUGCCACUACUAGCAGUAACCUUCUCAUUUCCAAUUUCCUUUGGCCUUUCAGUAACCAUGGAAACAUGUGAUAGGCCAGCCAACACUGAUUUCAGCAAGAAUACUGAACACUGGUACAUUUGGCCUUCUACAGAUUUUAUGCUAUCUUGUUUGAUAACAUUAUAACAUUUUGUAGUUUUAGUCCAAUUUCAGGGUUUCUGUGAUAUACAAACAUAAGGUUUUGGAGAAGAUUCCAAUUCUAUGGACAACUGAAUGAACACUCAGGAGAAUCUUGGCAGAGGACUCUGCAGGUUGGUAUCUGAGUCUGACCCAAUGAGGAGUUCUACUUCAUCUGCCAAGAUGAGAAAGAGAGACGAGGUAGAGCAGCAUUGAGAAGAGUCAUACUCAAAGGCCUGAAAGUGUGCAUUGAUAGAUGGAUAAACAAGAGGAUACAGAUGAGGCUGUACAAGGAGAGUUUUGUCUCACCAACAUAGCCAACUUUUAAACUCUGCAACAAAACUCACAUUGUCAUUGUCUUGGUGAUGAUGGGAUGUGUUUGCAACACAGUGUAGUUUGGCUCAACUUGGCAUCCACUGAAGGCAACAGCUAAUACAUUUUCAGGCUUUGUAGAUGCUCACAAAUUGGCUUUUUUGGAGGCGUCCAUUUUCCCGAGUUGAUGCAGUUGGAACACCAACUACCUGGUAAUGACGCCAGAUAUUCUCGGCCGCUCGGAAUUCUGAGACAACUGGAACACACUACUUCAUUUAACGGGACCCAUGUUUACAGGAAGACCUCAUCAUUUGGUGUGCAGCCAAGUUUCUGUCUCUAUCAGAAAUCAUAAAACCUCAAACCCACACAUGACACUUAUUUGAUUUGUACUCGGAAGUCCGACUGAAGAUGAACGCACCAUAAUGACAUUUAUUAUGGUAAUGUGUCACACUAGCUAAAGUUAGCCAUGUUAGCUUUUGAAAACAGCAUAGAAAAGGAGAACUAUCCUACCUGUGCAAUUUACACGCCAUUUAUAAAAGUGUUUCAUUUCAAGUUUAUUUACAUACAUUUUAACUCUCUAUAUAAUCUGUCACUUACCAAAUAAAAGAAUAGCCGUUUCUGAUGUCCCACAGGUCUGUCGACUACAUUUCCCAGAAUCCCAUGUCAUUGUUUAUAUAGGCUGGGCAUCAGCUGCUCUCACCGGCUACUCUGCACUUGCUGUCCGGCGUGAUUUGUAAUAAUGCAGCCAUUAUACUCUUUAAUCUUUUGCUUCAAAAAGAAUUACACGUUUGGCUGAAUCUAUGUAGUGAACGAAGAGGAAAACGGAAUAAUGAAAUGGAGAUCACUCGGGCCAGGCCGUCCUUGUAUGGAGAAAUCGCUCAUGGCCUUGGAUUCUGGACAGACCGGUCAGCAGUGCACGAGGCUGCUGCACAGGGCAGAGCCCUCCAGUUGCAGCAACUGAUUGAGGGCGGUGCAGCAGUUAACAUUGUGGCUGUGGAUUCCAUCACCCCCCUGCAUGAGGCAUGUAUACAGGGUCAAACCCAAUGUGUCAGACUGCUGCUGGAAGCUGGUGCACAGGUGGAUGCUCGAAACAUUGACGGCAGCACUCCGCUGUGUGAUGCCUGUGCAGCCGGUAGCCUGGAAUGUGUCAAACUACUAUUGGAGUAUGGAGCUACUGUCAAUCCUCCACUAUUCACCUUCUCUCCUCUUCACGAGGCUUGCAUGGGAGGUAACUCAGCUUGUGUUCAGCUUAUGAUUGAUCGAGGAGCUUUUAUGGAGGCUCAUGACUGCCACUAUGGGACACCACUUCAUGUAGCUUGUGCCAGGCAACAUUACGACUGCGCCAAAGUACUCCUCGUUGCAGGGGCAAAUGUGAAUGCUGCCAAGCUCCAUGAGACCGCGCUCCAUCAUGCAGCUAAAACAAAGAAUAUAGAUCUUAUAGAGCUUCUAGUGGAGUUUGGGGGGAAUGUCUUUGCCAGAGAUAAUCUCAACAAAAAACCCAUCCAGUACACCACUGUGGGAUCUCCGUCUCACCUUUGCCUUGAGUUCUAUGAGAAUACUCCUCUUAGUCUGCAGCAGCUCAGCAGAGUGAAUUUGAGGAGGACUCUUGGCACAAGAGCCUGUGACGUUGUUUCCAAGCUGGGUUUGCCCAAGCGCAUUGUAAGCUUUCUUUCUUAUAUACCACCUCCUGUUUUUGAAAUGUAAUUAUUUUUUGGGAAACGUGAGUGUAACUCUUUAAAGGUUAAAUGUUGUUCACGCAGCUUGUUCUUCACAAAGUUAUAUGGCAGACUGUUGGAGCAAGGAGUACAAAUAUGUCAACUAGACAAGCAUUUAUCAUUUUAAACCUAAAAUGGCUUAGUUUGCUUGUUAACUUAAAGCUUUAUUCUUUUUUUUUUAACAUUAGGGAACUGGAUGAGUCAUUUAUUUCCAAUUCUGCUUUUUGGUGCUUGGCAGGUUCAGUUUGUGAAGACCGUAAGUUUAAAUAAGUUGCUGCUGAAGGCCAUGCAAAGCCACAAUAAUCCCUCACAAGUAAUUUCACUGUUUGGGCUGGUUUAACUCGUUUUUCCAGGACCAUGUGGGUGCACAGACUUUCUUUUUUGCCCCUGGUUGCACCUGAGAAAACAGACGAAGUUCCACCUUUUAAAGUCCAAAUUUGUGCUUGGAGACUUUUGACUCUCACACAUCUCCCAGAAUUGCUUUAAAUUGGGCCGAGGUUUGAUUAGUUAGAUUAACUGAACACACUUUUGUGGGUGAGCAGGGCCUUGGAAACACCACUGAUCUAUUCAGAUUACUUUGAGCCGUUUUAGUCAUCAUUAUAAUCAUAUUUGCUGACAUGUGAAACUUGAACUAGCUCAUCAUGUGCGAAAGUUAAGCUUCAUCUUUGUAAUUUGUUGUAACGCUUAUUAAACCUGAGCGAGCUUGUGGUUCGAGUUCUAGGAUUAUAUUACUGUAUGUACUUGUACAUAUUCUGUAACUAUUUAUUUAAAUGUAAAUUUGUAAAUAAUUCAGACGGUUCUACCUCUAAGUUUGUAUAAAUAGACCACUAGAGGAUUUAAAAAAACAAUUUUGUGUUGUCCUCUGUUGUGCUUGAACUUCAUUGCAAAACUGAAC